ACACUUCACAUGAAUUUCCGCCCCCGAAGUCCCACCCACUGUCCUUAAUUUCCUUUCCUUUGCUCACCUUUAACCAAUAACCACCACCCCCACGCUUCCUUAUAAACCCCACGUACACCACCCUUUAUACUUACAAGUUACAUCCCCUGCACCAAACCAAUGCUCUACUGUGUACGCACUCCAUGGCAACACCUCGUGGUCACUGCAAAGAGAUCAAGCUCCAUCCAGGGCAAUUGGAUUUGGACUCCCCUCUCCUCUCGACACGCCGCUCUUCGACGUCCGUCGACGCUGCGGAAUCCUCCGCUCGAGAGCUCUCCGCGCAAUCCACUAUGAUCCCUUUCUCCUGGGAGAGCUCUCCUGGCGUCCCGAAGGACGCCGCCGCCGCCGACGAUACCGACCGCACGAACCCUCCGCCGCCCAACCCACCGCCCGCUCGGUGGCGGCGCCCUUCGAUUGAAAUUCACUACCGCGACAGGUGCAGCGCCAACGACAAAGACGACGACGUGUUUUCCGACGCGGCGGAGAAGGUCUCGCUCUCUGAGAACCUCAACGUCGCGUGUCGAAUGAGCUCGUUCGACGGCAUGGCAACGAAAGACAUAGAGGAGAUCGUGAACCGGUCUCGGCCGCGGCCGAGUUACAUCAUGGAACGGUUCCUCCCCGCCGCGAACGCCAUCGCCAACUCCUUGGCUCUCAACCAACACAACAAAGGUUGCACAAGAAGAGCUGAUCAUCACCACCACUCUUCUUGCCCUCAAUGUGCACGUAAGGAGUUAACUCUGCAACAUAUAAUGCAGCAAAGAAGAAAAAGAAGAAGCAAUGUAGAAUCUAAGCUACAACAACCACCUUUUAUUUCUCAUGUAGAGGAUGAAAAGGAGCUAUCUACAAGGGCAUGUGGGGUGAUGCUAUUUUUCCCAUGGAGCUUGAGGCCUAUAGCUUGUGGGUUCAAGAGCCCAGCUAGGUCUACUGCACCAAGUGGACCCAAUGAUAAUGUUGGUUCUCUUUUCACACCUAGGUCCAUGAGAAGUGUUAGUAAUGAGACACACUUAGACAAUGUUGAGGGAACUAAUAGUGGGUCUUUUGAUGUUGAUAAAAAAUCAAGUGUUAGGGAAUGUCAUUCCCCAGGGUGGGGAUUGUCCUUUUUAGAUAGGAGGAGAAAGGGCAUGCGUUGUGUUGUGGAAAGAAAGAGAGAGAAAGGGAGUGAAAAGAGUAAAAAAGAUAUCAAACAUGUUUCAAAGUGCAGAGAGGGGAAUUGGAGGAUGCCUCAGUUGAAGGCUCCUUCUGAGCCAUGGCUUUCUCAUGCUUUGAACACUAUCAAUAAAAAAAACUAGUUUGUGAAUCCUAUUAUGUGGGGAAAAAAGAAAAUAAACAAAUAAGGUUAUGUAUAUGGUAACCAUACUAUAUUAUAUAAGUGUUGGUGACAAUAUGAUGUACUAGAAAAACAAUAACGUGUUGCGUUUGGUAAUGUAAUUUACUAUUGUUUUGUCAUGUAAUAUAACAGUG